CUUCCUUCCCUGCCUGCUAUUAUUGUGAAAGAGAGAGAGACUCUCACAGCACAGCACAUAGCAAAGGGUUACCAAAACAACAAAAAAAGCUUCAAAGACAACAACAAUGGCUACCUCUUCCAAGAUCUUGACACUAUGCUUCAUCACCACUCUGAUCUUCUUCUCAUCAUACGGCGUCGUUGCGAGUGUGGAUCACGAGCACCAGUUGGUGGUCGGGUGGGGGGUUCUACCCACCACUAGAUCCGGAUGCAGGGGGACCAUCGCCGAGUGCCUCGCCGACGACGAGGAGUUCGGGCUCGAUUCUGAGGUCAGCAGGCGCAUCCUAGCCUCAACACGCUACAUCAGCUACGGUGCGCUUCAGAGGAACACUGUACCCUGCUCCAGACGUGGCGCCUCCUACUACAAUUGCCGAUCUGGUGCCCAGGCCAAUCCCUACUCCCGUGGUUGCAGUGCCAUUACUCGCUGCCGCAGAUGAAGUUAAAUGGAGGACAAGAUGUAUCCCACAAUAGUCAAUAGUGGGACUCAAAUUCAAAUAUCUGGCCAUAGCAAGACUCAAAUUUUGAUAUCUCGCUGCAACGAGACUCACAAAUCCGCGUAUCACGCCUCAUUCGCAGUCAAUCUUCGGUCUCAAUUCUUCUCUAAUUUGGCGAAGUGUGUGUCUAUUUUUAUUUUUAUUUUUAUUUUUAUUUUGGGGGAGUGGUAUAAAUGUAUACAGAUUAAGACUUGACUCUAUAAAUUACAUUUGCACUUAUUUUUUUGGCUCUCA